AUGUCCGAGAAUGCCGGUAGCCGACUUGCCAAAUCGCUUCUUGGCGUCGAUACCAACGCCCGCUAUGCCCAUCAACCACAGCAUCUAGAGGAGCGCGCACGCGCAGUCCUGGGCUCGGUUCAUCUCUACGCAGAAGAGGAACCGACCGUAUCAGAGUGGCUUAAAGAGCAACUGCCAACGAAAGCGGGUGCUGUCCAUUACAUCUGGAGUCUCUUUCCCUCCGUCUUCUGGAUCCGACGUUACAAUCCCAGAUGGCUACUUGGAGACGUCGUCGCCGGCAUCACUAUUGGUCUAGUCGUCGUCCCACAAGCCAUGGCGUAUGCCGUUCUCGCAGGCCUUACUCCAGCAUAUGGCCUCUACACCUCCUUCACUGGUGCUGUCUUGUACUGGCUAUUCGGUACGUCGAAAGACAUCGUCAUCGGAACCACCGCAGUUGGAUCCCUGCUCGUGGGCCAAGUCGUCGAUCGCGUCGUCAGCAAGGACAAUAUGCUCACUUACUCCAAUGAGGAUAUUGCACGCACUCUCACCCUGCUCUGCGGUAUUGUCUUGUUAUUUUUCGGUCUCCUUCGAUUAGGCUGGGUUAUCGAAUUCAUACCUUACAUCCCUAUAUCCGCGUUUGUCACUGCUGCCAGUAUAACUAUCAUGGCUACUCAGCUCCCGACAACGCUAGGCAUCUCUGGAAUUAAGAACCAAGCGCCACCAUAUCGGGUUAUAAUUGACACUUUAGAGUCCCUCCACAAGACUAAGAUCGACGCAGCGAUUGGACUGUCUUCUAUUGCGCUUCUAUUUGGAAUUCGAGGUUUCUGUUCCCACAUGGAAUCGAGAUAUCCAGCUCAUAAACGAGCUUGGUCAUUUGUCUCGUCGCUUCGACUCACAUUCACCAUGGUACUCUUUACGCUCAUUAGCUUCUUGGUCAACCGUGGCCAUGCCGAUAGCCCAAAAUUUCGCAUCGUCGGCCAUAUAGAGAGAGGCUUUCAGAGAAUUGGAGUCCCUCGCGUCGACAUGCCGCUAUUUCAAGCAGUCCUCCCAGAGCUGCCCGCUGUAGCCAUUAUACUCAUUAUAGAGCACAUCGCCAUCGCAAAAGCCAUGGGCAGGCUGUACAACUACAAUAUUCGCCCUUCACAGGAAAUUGUCGCUCUGGGCGCUGCCAACCUACUGAGCCCGUUUGUGGGAGGCUACGUUUGCACAGGCUCCUUUGGCGCCUCUGCGGUGCUGUCCAAGGCCGGUGUCCGCACACCUCUUGCCGGAUUGUUCAGCGCCUUGAUGCUUGUUCUGGCGCUCUAUGCGCUGACGGGAGUGUUUUACUACAUCCCCAAAGCUGCAUUGUCUGGCCUCAUCAUUCAUGCCGUGUGCAGCCUGAUUGCUCCGCCGAAAAAUCUGUACAGAUAUUGGCAGCUGUCGCCUUUUGAGCUCAUCAUCUGGGUGGCAUGUGUUUUCAUGGCCAUUUUCCAGUCUUUAGACCAUUCGAUCUAUCUUGGGGUCGGUCUAUCCCUUGCGCUGUUGCUUAUUAGAGUUGCGAGAGCCAAUGGCGGAUUUGUCGGCAUUGCCCGCUCACAACGGGUGCCGGUCGAUGGCGAGGAUACAGCUUCCAAGUUUACAAGAGACGUCACAACGACCAAAGACGUCUUCUUGCCUUUGAACCGGCAAGAUUCUUCAAACCCUGCCAUUUUACUGGAUACUCCAUACCCUGGCGUGUUCGUGUAUCGCCUACAUGACAGCUACAAUUAUAUGAACCAGGCACUGCAUGUGGACAUUUUACAGUCACACUUGAUGGAGAAUACGCGGCGAACUUCGGACGAACACUAUGAACAUGAAUCAGACCGACUUUGGAAUGACGCCGGACCGCGAGAUAAGCUUCUUUCACAGCAUCUGCCUUGCUUGCGAGCCCUGAUUCUGGACUUUUCGGCCGUUAACAACAUUGAUAUUACAUCUAUUCAGGGUCUGGUCGACUUGCGCAACGUACUGGAUCAGAGUGCGAAUGGAUACGUCCACGGGCGUGCGCCCACGGAGAAACGACGUCGCAGCAGCAGCGACGCGCCUAUUCUGCUCGACACGAUCAACAAUGAUGAAGACGCCGCCGCAGAGGUAGCCAAAGCCUCCUCGACGCAGCCCGCCAGUCCCUUUGCCAUUUUCGCCAUCUUUACCGGUCUGGCCUUGAUGAUUAUCUGCAUUGCCCUGGAUCGGUCCAUUGUCGCCACCGCCGUGCCCCAGAUCACGUCCGAGUUCCGCUCGCUGUCCGACGCGGGCUGGUACGGCUCGGCCUACCUCAUGAGCACGUGCUGCCUGCAGCUCUUCUUUGGCAAGCUGUACGCCGAGUUCCGCGUCAAAUGGGUCUUCUUGUCCGCGCUGGUCCUCUUUGAGGCCGGCUCGGUGGUGUGCGCCGCGGCCCCGAGCUCCCUCGUGCUGAUUGUCGGCCGGGCCGUGGCCGGCGCCGGGUGCGCCGGCCUCAUGUCUGGUGCCUUUUUUCUGAUUCGCUUCUUUAUCCCGGUGGACGAGCUGCCGAAAUAUACCGGCGCUUUGGGCGGCAUGUCGGGGAUUGCGCAAAUCAUCGCGCCGACGCUGGGAGGUGUUCUUACUGACAAAGCAAGCUGGAGAUGGUGCUUCUGGAUCAACCUUCCCAUCGGGGGCGUCACGUUUCUCGUCAUCCUCUUCCUCGUCCAAAUCCCGGCCGAGAGCACAGUCACCACGACCCGCAGCCUGGGCGGCUUCCUCGCUCGCUUCGACCUCGUCGGCACGCUCAUCUUCAUCCCGACCAUCCUCUGCCUGCUGCUGGCCCUGCAGUGGGGAGGCGUCGAGUAUGCCUGGGACGACUGGCGCCUCGUCGUGCUCCUCUCCUUCUUCUCUUCGCUGCUGGUCCUGUGGGUGGUUUCGCAGUAUCUGCAGGGUGCCACGGCGACGGUUCCGCUGGCCAUGAUCAGGCAGCGAUCGCUCGCCGGCGGCGUCUUGUUUGUGUUUUGCUACUUUGCCGCCUUCUUCAUCAUCACAUACUACGUGCCCAUCUGGUUCCAGGCGGUGCGGGGGGCGUCGGCGUACGCGUCGGGUAUCAACAUGCUCGCUGCGAGCGCCGCCAUGUCCGUCGCCGUCAUUGGCUCCGGUUUCAUGGUUUCCAAAGUCGGUUACUAUGUGCCCAACAUGAUUGCUUCCGUGAUUGUGACAUCAGUCGGCUGCGGCUUGGUGUAUACUUUUGAUCGCGAGACAAGCACAGCUACAUGGGCUGCGGCACUUGUUCUUACCGGCCUGGGAAUAGGUCUGGGCAUCCAGCAACCCAUCAUUGCUGCGCAGACGACCUUUACAGGCUCCGACCUCGCCAUCGCGACGAGCGUUCUCAUCUUCUUGCAAAGUCUGUCCGGAACCGUGUUUCUGUCCGUCGCUCAAAACGUGUUUCAAGGCACGCUGCUGCGCGUCAUCCAGCAGACUCUUCCUGAUGUCGACCCGGCCGAGGUUUUGGGUGUAGGUGCCUCGGAGCUUGGAGCGGCCAUGCAGAUCAAGUACCCUGACAGGGUGGGCGCAAUCUUGGACGCUUACAAUGAAGGCCUUCGCUCCGUCUUUCUCGUCAGUGUCGUCUUUGCCUGUGUCGGCAGCCUUGCUGUUCCGUUAAUGGAGUGGCGUUGUGUCAAAAAGAAGGCGUAG